ACUGCCACUUUUAUCCAUUCCAGGUGCUAUGAAGAAAGAAAAGUAUGUCAGAGAAAUGAGAAAAAUGGUAUUUCAGUUAUUUUUCCUCUCCUUUAGGGCAGAGCCUGACUGACGUUCAUUCAUUUCUCAACUACACAGAAUUCUCAAAAGCCUCUCACCUAGAAACCCAGAAGUGUCCAGACCAUUAGUUUUCCUCUAACAUUUGUUGCAAAAAAUGUCAACUGCUUUACAGAGUACUAAGAGGAUCAUGAAAGUACGAUAGUUAAUAGGGUAUGGAGCCAGUGACAGGCUAGGAUCAAGCAACCUUCUAAAAGAGGCAGCUCUAACUAAGGCAAUUACUAUUAUAAAUGGAAAAAGGAAUAAGAAAGUGUUUGUUAGCCAGUAGCAACACCAUUAAAGCAGCCAGUCACCCAGCAAAACCAUUCAGCCCACUAUGGCAGUUGUGUGGUAUCUCAAAAUAAACUGCAUGUGUUUGCUUUCAUUGCUUUCCAGCUGGACAUUCAUUAUUUCUCAAACUGUGCCCAGGCAGGGAAAGGUGAAAUCAAAAGGAAAGACUUGGGGGACUUCUGUGGGCUCCACAGCAAGGGAAGAAGAUCGUUUUAUUGAUUUUGUUCCAGACCAGACUGGGCCUCAGUUUUCAGAGGUAGUGCUGGAGGUGUGUCCAAUACAGGAGCAGAAUUGUUCCUCGAGAAGAAUGAUGACCAUAGAUCUGAAGGUGGCUGAGUACUUGAACCCUCAGAUCAGGACUCUGUGGGAGACCAAGGGACCUGUGACAGGGAGCUCCAGUCAGCAUAAGAAAUAUGCCCCCCAAACGGACAGUCCCAGUCCUGAGAGGUCUCACCAGCACUUCCGGAGCUUUCUCUAUCAUGAAGCAGCUGGACCCCGGGAGGCUGUUGACCAGCUUCUGGAAUUAUGCCGUCAGUGGUUGAGGCCAGAGAUUCAUUCAAAAGAGCAGAUCUUGGAACUUGUGGUGCUAGAGCAGUUCCUGUCCAUUCUGCCCAGGGACACCCAGACCUGCAUAAAGAAGCACCAUCUACAGAGCAUUGAGGAGGCUGUGGUCCUGGUAGAACACUUGCAGAGGGAAUCUGGUCAAACGAGGAAUGGGGUGAGAAGAAAGAUUCCUGUUGUAUACAGUGAAAUAGGGUGAUGGUGGAUGUAUUGGGGCAAUUAAUUGAGAAAUAAAGUGAAAUAGGUAACUUCUGUUGUCCCUUUAGGACAUGUAAAGCAGAAUGUGAAAGCACAGAUCCACAGCCAUAGUCAGUGCAUAUGAUUCAGAGAUCCUGAGAGAGGCUUCCCUGGCCUUAGGGAGAGAGUUGCUUUUUGCCCUCUUUGGAGCCAGGGUGUGUUGAGGGUAAUGAGUCUAGUCUGGCUUGGCGAAGGAGAU